AUAAAAACUUGUUUCCGCAUUAUCACGUAGGUGUUUUCCCACCAACUUGUUUUUAAUAUUCUAAAUUUACGAUUGUUGCGUUUCUAUUCAUAGGUUGAUUUUUUUUCAAAUGAAAUAACAUAAGAGCACAAAUGUGCAAUAAUUUCCGUUCGUUUUUUCCUCAUAAUUGCUAUAAAUAUUGACCAUAAUUAUAGGAUUAUUAAACAAAUUAAUUCAAGUUUGUCAGGUUUGUGUAAAGUCAUGAAGUAAAGUUGUUGUUAACAUCAACGUGAAGGUUGUGUAAAAACAACUGUAAUUUUAACCUUAGAAGCGUCUUUUUAUCGAUUAUACUUGUACACUUUACAUUACUCAUCUAUUUUUGUGCAACUGGAUCGAUUAGUGUUGAUUUUUUCAAUGAUUCCGUUUUUUAAAUAAAAACUCGAGUGCUAGCAAUGUCAACAAACGCCCGAAAUUUGGACAUUGUAAUUUUCGGAGCGACCGGUUUCACCGGGAAACGGUGCCUCCCCCUGAUUGACAAAUUUUCAAAAAGGCUACAGUUAACAUGGGGUGUAGCCGGCCGUUCCGAAAGGAAACUCAAAGAGUUUCUCGACCAAUGCGGGCAAGAAAUUGGGACUUCCCUUGCAAACAUCCCAGUCAUUGUUGCCGACGUACAAGACCAAAAAACCCUAAACGAAAUGGCGCGCAAGGCCCGGAUUAUCAUAAAUUGUUGCGGGCCUUAUAGUUUUUUCGGGGAACCAGUGGUCAAGGCGUGCGUUGAAGAGGGCACCCAUCAUGUCGACAUCAGUGGAGAAGCCUACUACAUGGAAGCAAUGCAACUGAAGUACCAUUCACAAGCCCAGGAAAAGGGGGUUUACAUAAUCAGCGCUUGCGGCUUUGACAGCAUUCCGGCCGAUUUAGGGGUGGUUUUCUUGCAAAAAAAAUUCAACGGCACCUUGAACUCAGCAAUUACCAUUUUGGACGUGUGGGAGGAAGGGGAACCGACGCCAGGAUCGACGCUUAAUUUCGGGACUUGGGAGUCAGCUGUUUAUGAAUUGGGAUACGCUGGGAAAUUGAGGGCUGUGAGAAGACAGUUGUUCCCGAAUAAAUUGCCGAGUUAUGCGCCGAAAUUGAAAGCAAAAACCGCUCCACACAAAAAUGAUUUGGUGGAAGGGUGGGUGCUUCCUUUUAUGGGGUCAGAUCAGGCGGUAAUUCAGCGUUCACAACGCCUUUUUUAUGAAAAAGACUCCAAAAGGCCGGUUCAAGCCGAGACCUAUUUUACCGUCAAAUCUUUCAUGGGUGUUUUAACUAUGUCAUUAAUGGGCAUGAUUUUUUGGAUUUUUGCGCAAUUCCAGUGCGGACGAAAUUUAUUACUUAAGUAUCCGGAAAAGUUCAGCUUUGGAUUCUUCAGCCGCGUCCCUCCCACUGACGAGAAAAUUGAAAAGGUGCGUUUCAGCACAACUUUAUAUGGAGAAGGUUGGAAGGACAUGAUUCCUGACAGAAACAAUGAAUAUUCAACGCCUCCAAAUAAGGCAAUUGCGGCUAAAGUCAAAGGGAAACACCCUGGUUAUGGGGCUACGUGUGCAAGCUUGGUCCUUGCUGCCAUAACUGUUAUUACUGAGACUGAUAAAAUGCCACCCAGUGGUGGCGUCUACCCGCCAGGUUAUGCCUUUGCAAGAACGUCACUGAUUGAGCAGCUGGACCAAAAUGAAGUCCAUUUUCAAGUUUUGUUUGAAAAGGAUUUGUCCUAGAUAUUUAGCAGCUAGGGAGUGGUUUCAGAGUUUAUAUUAAUAUGUUUUGUAUUUGUGGUAUG